UUCUUUUCUUUUCCAACAUUUUUCCUUAUUCAUUAACCAUUAGUCCUCUAUUUUGUUAACACUGCAACACUACUAAAAAAAUCACACACUUUUCAAUUAAGCAAAAAACAUAAUAACCAAUCAACAACAACAACAAAAUGUGCAGCUCUAAGACCAAAGUAACUGUAGUCAUAGAAUCCUCCAUCAACACAACAACACCACCAAUUUCUAGAAUCAAUGGAAGACCAGUACUUCAACCAAAUUGCAAUAACCAUGUUCCAAAUCUUGAAAGAAGAAACUCAAUCAAAAAAAUAACACCACCACCAAAAUCACUUUCUCCACCACCACUUCCAAACAAGACUACCAGUUCAAUAUUGACACCACCAAUUUCUCCAAUAGCUACAAAGAGAGGAAAUGACAAUAAUGCCCUUAAUUUAAGCUAUGAAAAGAUUGUGAUUCCUAAAAACAUAACAAUGAAGAGUAGUCCAAGUUUGGAGAGAAAGAAAUCAAAGAGUUUCAAAGAAGGGUCAAUUGGUGUUGUUGUUGAAGGUUCAUUGAGUUAUUGUUCUUCUUUGAUCACUGAGUCACCUGGAAGUAUAGCAGCUGGGAGAAGGGAACAGGUGGCACUCAUGCAGGCUCAGAGGAAAAUGAAGAUUGCUCAUUAUGGAAGAUCUAAGUCUGCUAAAUUUGAAAGAGUUGUUCCUAUUGAUCCUUCAAUUACCACUGAAGAGGAGAAGAGAUGCAGCUUUAUCACACCCAAUUCAGAUCCGAUCUAUAUUGCUUAUCAUGAUGAAGAAUGGGGAGUUCCAGUUCAUGAUGACAAGAUGUUGUUUGAACUUCUAGUUUUAAGUGGUGCUCAAGUUGGGUCUGAUUGGACUUCAACCUUGAAAAAACGCCUAGAUUUCAGGGCUGCAUUUUCAGAAUUUGAUGCAGAAAAAGUGGCCAACUUGACUGAUAAGCAAAUGAUUUCUAUAAGUUCAGAAUAUGGCAUUGAUAUAAGCAAAGUUAGAGGAGUUGUUGAUAAUGCUAACCAAAUUUUACAGGUUAAAAAAGGGUUUGGUUCAUUUGCCAAGUAUAUAUGGGGGUUUGUGAAUCAUAAACCAAUCUCAACAAAAUACAAAUUUAGCCACAAGAUUCCAGUGAAGACAUCAAAAUCAGAGAGCAUAAGCAAAGACAUGAUUAGAAGAGGUUUUAGGUUUGUUGGCCCAACAGUGGUUCAUUCAUUUAUGCAGGCAGCUGGCCUAACAAAUGACCACUUAAUCACUUGUCAUAAGCACUUGCAAUGCACUUUAUUGGCAGCUAGACUCAAUAUAGAGCAAUCUCUAUAGAUCCAAUUUCAAAUGAUGAAUAAGGAGCAAUCAUAAGAGAUUCACCCUACAAGAUUUCCAGACAUCAAUUAAAAGUUGUUAUUAUUAUAUAUGCUUAAGAGCAUAUGUAAUAGUUUAAUGUGCUAACUAUAGUAUACUUUUUUUUAAGUUAAUUGUUGUGUAUAAUAUUAGAUAGGCCUAAAAAGUUUCGUUUUUUUUUCUCUCUGAUUUGUGAGGUGUUGUGAGAAUUUUUAAUGAUAAGUUUGAGUGUGCUAAAGUUUAUUCAUUGCAUA